AAGGAUCCGGAACGUGCCCAUAUAUUUCCCAGACUGCAGCAGGAACAACAGGAAGUGUACAGCUUGGCUAAGGAGUUUCUCGCUAAGUGUACUUUUUCAAACAGGGAUGACGUGUUCAUUAGAAAAUGUGUUGUCAGACGCCAAGUCGUUGGUGGAAAGACUUCGCAGCCAUGACAAUGCAGCGGAGGUACUUAUUGAACAGACAACGUCCCUUAACAAGAGGGUGGAGGCCAUGAAACAGUAUCAGGAGGAGAUUGAAUCGCUGAACCAGGUGGCCCGGCAUCGGCCCCGUUCCAACCUCGUCAUGGGCAUCCAGCAGGAAAACCGGCAGAUCCGUGACCUACAGCAGGAAAACAAAGAGUUGAGAACAUCCCUGGAGGAACACCAGUCGGCCAUAGAGCUCAUCAUGACUAAAUACAGGGAGCAGGUCUUCAGACUCCUCAUGGCCAGUAAGAAGGACGACCCAGCCAUCGUCACCCAACUAAAGGAGCAGCACUCCACAGAAAUGCAAGUGCACAUAGACAAGAUCAACGAGAUGGCUACGGUGAUGAGGAAGGCAAUCGAAGUGGACGAUGGGAGGUUGUGUGAAGACGAGGAGAGGAUCAAGCAACUAGAGCUGGAGAACAGUGGUCUUCGUGAGCUGCUAGGGAUCAGUCGAGAGGCCUUCCUAGUUCUGACGAGAGAGGAGGCCUCGGAUAACACAUCCCUGUCUGCCCUGUUGACCAGCGCCGACAUCAGCCUCCGGAAGAGUUAGGCCCACACCAGCUUGGAGAGACUGUAUAUAUAUAUAUAUAUAUAUGCCCCCCGCCCAGCCAGACUCCCAGAGGGCACUCAACAACGAACGAUGCCCCAGGUCUUACUGCCACAAUGCAGGAGGAAGCCUCGGUGACAAAUGGGAAAAUCCUCCAGCUACAGCAGUUUAGUCGGUCAUGCCUUUUUAGUCUUGGCAUGCAUUAUGCUGCCUGAUGAGGCUGUGGGUUUUUAGAGUGUGAAUGAGUGAAAGUAAGUGCUGCUCUUGAAUGACAAUAAAACACUUGAAAGAAA